AUGCAUUCUCUCCUUGACAUUGACCUUGACAUGCCGUGGUCGCCGUCGGACAGGCUUCCAGGCCUCCGCGAUCAGAUACGGGGGCAGGAUUUCAAUACAGCAAGUAUCAUCUUCAGCCGUCUGCAGGCGAAUAGGGAUCCCGAAGAGCUCGAAGCGCUUUACAAAGGCGCGAGAUAUCCGGUAGGCGAUCUCCAGUUGACAGCUGAGGAAUUCGCCCGACAGGUCGAUUCGAUGAACUUUCACAGCAGCAAAGCUUGCUAUAAGUUGAUCAAAUCAAUGGGUGUCUUAAUCCCGAUCGGAUUCGACGGUCCCAUCAUUUACCGUCUUAUCGUACAUCCUUGGGAGCUCCGACCCCAUCUACUGGAGGAUGAUGUGGCCUCGCUGUUCGACAUGUCCCAGUGGUCCGAGUGGUCCGAGCCGUCCGCGUCGUCUUGUGAUUCACUGCUGCCGUCUUAUUUUCUCGGCGUGAACUUAACCGUCAAGCCAUGCCAACCUCCAUGUGACGGACCUGGCAAUCCGUCCGAGAUAUCGACGCGAUCGGUCGAGAGCGCCGAUGCCGACGUAGAUGCGCCUGGCUUUACGUUCUUCCAGCUCGGGGACCUCGAAUAUACCGGACGUACCAACGGACGAGAGGGUCCCUGGUUGGAUAGCAACGAGGAACGGGCAUAUUCAUCGUAUAUAGAGGGCUGGGCUGAGACCGGGUUCGUGGUAGUGGCGAGGCUGAAUCCGUCUGGGCGUACCGAUGGCAUCUACGUCGUAUAUGACAUGUGUCGGGACAUCGCCGCACGCAAAGACCCGGAAUACCCCAGCGCCAAGGAGACGAAGAUCAUCGAUAGCCACUCAGCGGUGGGGUAA